AUGAUAUUAACUGUGUUCCUGAGCAACAAUGAACAGAUUUUGACUGAAGUGCCAAUUACACCUGAAACAACAUGUCGAGAUGUAGUAGAAUUCUGCAAAGAACCUGGUGAAGGCAGUUGCCAUCUUUCUGAAGUGUGGCGUGGAAAUGAACGGCCCAUUCCCUUUGAUCACAUGAUGUAUGACCAUCUACAAAAGUGGGGACCUCGCAGGGAGGAGGUGAAAUUUUUUCUCCGACAUGAAGAAUCGCCAACAGAAAGCAGCGAUCAGGGCCGCCUGACUCAAAAUCAGAGGAAUGGAGUUAAUAUACCUGUCGAGAAACGUACUGAAAAUGGGGUUGGGAAUCCACGUGUUGAACUCACGCUUUCUGAACUUCAGGAUAUGGCUGCCAGGCAACAGCAGCAGAUCGAAAAUCAGCAGCAAAUGUUGGUUGCCAAGGAACAGCGUUUACGUUAUCUCAAGCAGCAAGAACGCCGUCAGCAGCAGUCUGUUUCCGAGAGUGAAAAGCUUCAGAAACUGAAGGAGCGAGUGGAGACCCAGGAGACGAAGCUGAAAAAGAUCCGUGCCAUGAGAGGGCAGGUGGAUUACAGCAAGAUCAUGAACGGCAAUUUGUCUACUGAGAUAGAGCAUAUCAGUGCCAUGUUCCAAGAAAAGCAACAGGAAUUACAAGCGGCAGUGUUAAAAGUAGACCAGCUUACUCAACAGCUAGAAGACUUGAGAAAAGGGAAGCUGAAUGGAUUCCAGUCUUACAAUGGACAGAUGACGGGGCCCGCGGCUGUAGAAUUAAAGAAAUUGUAUCAAGAGCUACAGAUUCGUAACAGGCUUAACCAGGAACAGAACACCAAGCUGCAGCAGCAGAAGGAGCUCCUGAACAAACGCAACAUGGAGGUGGCCAUGAUGGACAAGCGCAUCAGUGAGCUACGCGAGCGCCUGUACAAGAAAAAAGUUGAGGCACGUCAAAAAGAAAACAUCCCUUUGAACCGGAUAAACGGAACGUCGUCUCCUCAGUCUUCCUUGAGCACUUCAGGCAGAGUCGCGGCCGUGGGGCCCUACAUUCAGGUUCCUAGUUCCAGCAGUUACACUGUGCCAGUAGACCCCGUGAAGCCGCAGUCUCUCACCAUCACCACUAGUGGGACUCACGGAAGAUCCAAAUCCGAUACAGACUUUGGGGGUGUGAAAAAAUCUCCAGCUCCCUGGAAGAUUUCUGAUUUAGACAUUAUAGUGGAUCCUAUUCUCUCACCUCCCUCUCUUCAGUCUGCUGCUCACAAUAUCAUCCAUUCAGCAUCUACUCUUUCUGAGAUUCUGCACUCAAACGAUGGAAACUGGCCACCGCUUAAACAGAACUCGGGUCCUGUGGUAAAGCCCCCACAAAUCUCCAACGCAGACUGGAAGGAAUCAAACAUGGAUGCUGCUUUAAAACAAGGAACGAUUUCCAGUCAGCCUGUGUCUUCUUCAGUAUUAGGGAGUACCGAUAAACUGGGCCUUGAUAUGGGGAAGGUGCCGCCAAGCAUAUCUGGUGUAAGCAAGCAGGUGCCUCAAAACUACGGGACCUACCCAAGCACUGUCCCUUUAGGCACAGGUUCCACCAAUUCCUUGGAAAGACGAAAGGACGGCAGUCUACCGAGACCGGGUUCUACAGCAGCCAACAGGCAAAGGCCUGUCCCGUUACCACCAGCAAGUGGCGCUCAUCAGCCAGGCUCUUCCCAGCAAAUACAGCAGAGGAUAUCUGUGCCUCCCAGCCCCACGUACCAACCUCCUGGCGCCCCCUUAUUUCCAGGCGGAGACGGCAGGCCUGACCUCCCCUUAACUGUGGCCAUCAGGCCUUUCCUGGCUGACAAAGGCUCGAGGCCCCAGUCUCCCCGGAAAGGGCCGCAGACUGUGAACUCUAGCUCCAUCUACUCCAUGUACCUUCAGCAAGCGACGCCACCAAAGAGCUACCAGCAGGCCGUGUACAGCACUCUCAACAAAUCCGUUAAAGCAGUUUACGGGAAGCCUGUGGUCCAGUCCGGUUCGACUUCUCCUUCGCCGUUGCCAUUCCUUCACGGAUCUCUACCAGCCAAUGCACCACAGCCUCCGCCUCCGAGCGACUGUAGUGAAAAAGAGCAGGAGGUGGAGAACGCCCCGCCCUCUGGGGAGAACGUUGAAAACAUUCCCCGCCCCCUCAGCCCCACAAAACUGACGCCCAUCGUCCAUUCCCCCCUGCGCUACCAAAGUGACGCUGACCUGGAGGCUCUGAGGAGGAAACUGGCCAACGCCCCCAGGCCUCUGAAAAAGCGAAGCUCCAUCACUGAGCCGGAAGGGCCCAGCGGACCCAACAUACAGAAGCUCCUGUAUCAGCGCUUUAACACCCUGGCGGGGGGGAUUGAAGGGGCCCCCUUUUAUCAGCCAGGCAACUCCCAGGACUUCAUAGGCACACUGGCAGACGUCGAUAACGGGAACGCCAACACCAACGGCAACAUCGAGGAGCCCGUUCCUGCACCACCCACGGCUCCUCUCCCCGACGAACCUUCGUCCGAUGCCAACGACAAUGAGCUUCCAUGUCCUGCGACGGAGGAGCUGAUCAGUGCAGACACCACGCCUCAGCCACCUGAACCUACGGAGGACGAUAACAACAACAACAACCCUGCCGUGGUCCCUCCUGUGGAGCGCCCCCCGAGUCCCACCCCCGAAGGCAACACCCCAGUGGAAGACGAAGUGCAGCUGCCCCCUGCUCCUCCUCCUCCUCCGCUUCCUGUAGUAAGUUGCUGCGGAAAGCAGGCGGGAGUUUUGAUUAGCAAGGCCAAACGGACCAACCUGAAGAAACCCAACUCCGAGAGAACCGGCCACAGUUUGAGGGUCAAGUUCAACCCGCUGGCCCUCUUGCUGGAUGCCUCCCUGGAAGGAGAGUUCGACUUGGUGCAAAGGAUCAUCUACGAGGUGGAUGACCCCAGCAAGCCCAACGACGAAGGAAUCACCCCUCUGCACAAUGCGGUGUGUGCCGGCCAUCACCACAUAGUGAAGUUCCUGCUGGAUUUCGGAGUCAAUGUGAAUGCGGCCGACAGCGACGGAUGGACUCCUUUACACUGUGCAGCAUCUUGCAACAGCGUCCACCUCUGUAAGCUGCUCGUCGAAUCCGGGGCAGCGAUUUUUGCCUCCACUAUAAGUGACAUAGAAACGGCAGCAGACAAAUGUGAGGAGAUGGAAGAGGGUUACAUUCAGUGUUCCCAGUUUCUGUACGGUGUGCAAGAGAAGCUGGGAGUGAUGAACAAAGGGGUAGUGUACGCGCUGUGGGAUUACGACGCUCAGAACAAUGACGAGCUGUCAUUCCACGAAGGAGACGCCAUCACCAUCCUAAGACGCAAAGACGACAACGAGACGGACUGGUGGUGGGCUCGGCUCAAUGACAAAGAAGGCUAUGUGCCUAAAAAUGUCUUGGGGUUAUACCCAAGAAUAAAGCCUAGGCAACGAACCCUUGCCUGAAUUCUACCUUUGGCAGUGCAAUAUCUUGCUGGCAACUGGAAGACAGAAAGUAUACACUGGAGACAUUUUUCAGUCACAUUUCACCAGGAGAAAUAAAGCUAUACUUGUUUUUAAAUGGUGCUCUUGUUAAUAUAAUGGACAGCAUUUGAGGUUUCCAAUCUGCUGUUUGUAAGUGAGGUCUGCUCUGCGUUAAACUCGCCCGCUCCUUGGGGAGAGGUACUCAACACAGCCUACAGCAUUUCUUUUUGCCAGUCAAAUUAAAGAGAACAAAUGUACUUGUGCUAAAUGUUGGGGGGGGGGGACUUUUUGCAAAAUGCAGAUAUGCUGUCUGAUCUGUUCUAGUCCACAGUAACUAUCCUGACAUGUCAAGACCUUUUGCUAUUAAAAGUUGUCAGCUGAAUGUUGAGUUUACUGUGUUAAAUCCUUAAAAGAGCUUGGGUGAGAGUUGACCGCUGGGAGUCGCCAACAGCCCUCUAGUAUCAAGACAUUAUUGACAAAACAAGAGAAGCAUCAGAGCUGGAUGGAUUUUUUUUUUGUGCACUUCUCCAAACAGCACUUCCUCCUUCACUUGAUGUUUUUUCUUGAUACUCCCGCUUACAAGCACCGGUUUUAACUUUCCCCGUUUCCCCGUUUUAUACUUCUUCACCCGCCACACCCUGGAUUGCCUCUUCUGGACAAACCCACAUUCAGAUUUGAGGGACUUGUAUGUUUAUACGGAAGAAAAGUGCAAUAGUUGAAAAGGGGGUAAGAGUAAGGUUAUUU